UCUGUGGGAAACGGAUGACUUCAUUGGCUGUACGUAACACAGGGGUAUUUCCGUUUGGUUGCCUCCUCAAACUAGACAAGACCAUCCCAAAACGUCUCGGUUUGACUGUUUGUUGUAUGCUAAAUAAAUAAAAGCCUAUUUGGGGUUGCUGAAAGAUUUGAUGUGUUAACUGUCGCGCCGUUGCCACAUUGAUGCAGUCAGAGGAUGAGCUGAAGGACUGAAGUGAACGCGUAUCCCACCCGUCAAAGUGGCUCCAUUGUUGCAACGAGACAACUGUGCGUUAUUCAGUUUUUGGGUUUGUUAAGAGACAAGCUGAGCUGACCUCAGAGAACAUCUCCAGAUAAUAGACCAUACCCAUGGAUUCAUACAGGCUUGUGUAUGCGGUGCUUCUCUGCACUUUGGCGGUGCACUGCAAGCCAACGUUACGCAAAGAACGGGUUCAUCAUGACCAGGCAGAACUGAGCAAACGGCCGCAUGAGGACAACAACAGCUUCAAGUACGACCAUGAGGCCUUUCUAGGCAAAGAGGACGCCACCACGUUUGACCAGCUCACCCCCGAAGAAAGCAAAGACCGGCUGGGAAAAAUCGUGGACCGGAUCGACGGGGAUGGGGACGGCUACAUCACCACAAGCGAGCUGAAGGCCUGGAUCAGGAGGGUGCAGAAGCGCUACGUCUACGAGAACGUGGCCAAGGUGUGGAGCGACUACGACCUGAACAAGGACGACCGCGUGUCCUGGGAGGAGUACAAGCAGGCCACCUAUGGCUAUUACCUCUCCAACCCGGAGGAGUUCGAGGACGAGACGGACCAGUUCAGCUUCCGGAAGAUGAUGCCACGCGACGAGAGGCGGUUCCACGCGGCCGACGUGAACGGCGACCAGACGUCCGACCGCGAGGAGUUCACGUCCUUCCUCCACCCGGAGGAGUUUGACCACAUGAAGGACAUCGUGGUUCAGGAGACCUUGGAGGACAUAGAUAGGAAUGGCGAUGGACAUGUGGACGAAGACGAAUAUAUCGCCGACAUGUUUGCCCACGAGGAAGGCGGGCCGGAACCGGACUGGGUCAAAACGGAGCGGGACCAAUUCUCUGACUUCCGGGACCUGAACAAGGAUGGCAAGAUGGACCAGGAGGAGAUCCGCCAAUGGAUCCUCCCCAAGGACUAUGACCACGCCCAGGCCGAGGCCAGACACCUGGUGUACGAGUCAGACCUGGACAAGGACAAGAUGCUGACCAAGGAUGAGGUCCUGGAGAACUGGAACAUGUUUGUGGGCAGUCAGGCCACCAACUACGGAGAGGACCUGACCAGGAACCACGAUGAGUUCUGAAGCGCUGGUGCAGCUCCCGGUGGGCAAGGGACAGGGGCUAUCAUCACCCGAACGGCUCUCAAACACCACCACCACCACCACCACCCCCUUGAUCCUUCCCCCCCCCCCAAAAAAAACAGUACUUCAGGCGUGGAAUUUGGUUGGCUCCAGGGACGAGUAAAGAUGCCAAUGAGAGAAGCUGGAUUGGAUGACGGUCUCAGCACUGACAUUAAGGAACUCUUCAGUGGCACCUCUCUGUUCCUGACAUUCAGGAGCAGAGCCGGCUCAGGGGUUUAUUCAGAAUGGCAUCAAUAGUUUGUCUCCCAGAGUCGGUGUUGGCUCAACUGUCGUACUGUCAACUGAUGUAUGGAAGUGUGGUCCGUAAAAAACGAUCCAGGCUGAGCUCUGGAUGACCAAGCGGAUACAGCUAAGGUUUCUUUGUUUGAUGACCUCAAUGUGAAAAGCACAGCCCAGAGAACUCUUUCUGAUCCUAUUUAUUGACUUCUUUCAGAAGAUGAGCUCCAGGUGCAACUAAUCAUUUCACUUUAUAGUGUGGUUUUGUUUUAUUUAUUUACACAUUUUACGCAUUUACACAUUUCUUAACACGUUUAUUCAGCUUUGUUUGAUCGUCUUCCUGUAGUUCAAAUGUUAUGGGAUGUCUUAGUGAACGGCAUGCCCUUUACACAUGUUUUUUUUUAUCUAGAGAUUUCCUGUUCUUAUUUUGUGUUUGUGUGUAUUUAUUCCUUCACUGAAGGUCAGCAUAUACAUUGUUUUAAUGUAGAUGACCUACAUUGAGGGUGUCGCUGCAGGAAAUGCAAAUGAAAGAGCUUCACCUGGCGACGUAGACAAGGACCUUCUACUUCCUAUCCCAUUCAUUUCUGUUCUGGCAGUUGUAUGAAUUUACUGUACUUGUAUGGAGCCUGAUAUUGAAAAUGAAAUAACCUAAAGUAACAUGCAUUUAAGUCUGACAUUUUUAUAUUUUUGUAAUUAAUCUUGUUGGUGAGUAAAGGAAGUUUGAAAAAUAGUAA